AUGACUGGGCACCGCAUGGAGCGAGAACAUGGACACUGGGCGGCAUUGAAAGCAGGACAACAAAAGGAGACUUUGAUGGACGGCGGUGCACAUGAUGCGAGUUUUGCUUCACUUCUGUGGCAAGCUCAGAUAUUUUCUCGUGCCAUUGCUGCUUUGGGAGCUGGUUUCUCAUACAUAGGGCCUCGCCGAAGACCAUUCAAUAUUACAGACCCUGAAAUAUCCUUCCCACAUACGGAGGAGACAGUAUCCAGCUGGGUCCUCUUUAUUGUCAGCGUAUUGAUCCCUGCAGCCAUAAUCUUCGCAGUGAGCCUCCUUCUUGGGCCAGGCUCCACCGCACAAAAGCCUUCGACAAGCGCAUUGCUGAGACGGAAAGUGUGGGAAUGGCAUGCAGGGUGGAUGGGCCUAGCUCUGGCUUCAGCCAUCACCUUUGCCAUAACUAAUGGCACGAAGGAAGUUGUCGGCAAGCCGAGACCGGACCUUUUGUCUCGAUGCAAGCCGGAUCUUUCACGAAUCUUGGACAGCGCUGCCGGGGCCAUCGGUGAUCAAGUCGAAGAGGGGAUCAUUCUUGUGACGUCGGAAAUCUGUCGCGGAAGCGGUUUCGAUCUCGAUGAAGGUUUCCGGAGUUUUCCAAGUGGUCACUCGUCAACCGCGUUCGCGGGCUUGACUUACUUGGCUCUUUGGCUAUCUGCUAAACUUGGUAUUGCAAUACCUGUCCUUAGAUCUCCUGCGCUGGAACGCGGAAUCGUUGGGCAGGAGUCUAAAACACCGUGUCGCUCUCAAGGAGCGGCACCUCCGAUCUACCUCCUCAUAUUUCCACUGAUCCCACUUGCUACAGCUAUCUUUAUAGCCAGUAGUCGAUAUUCAGACUUUCGUCACCACGGCUUCGAUGUCGUAUCUGGUUCAAUCCUUGGAAUCGCCUGUGCUUGGCUAGGAUUCCGCUGGUACCACCUUCCUAUCCGAAGAGGAGGCGGCUGGGCUUGGGCACCACGCAGUCCGCAGCGGGCUUUUAUCAAAGGCGUCGGUGUAUCAGCCUACGCUGACGACGAAAGCACGGUCGUGGUGGAUGAACAGAUGCAUUCGAGGGCGACAAAACCCGGAGGCCAUGAUGUAGCUCCAACCCGAGCCUGGCGCUGCGAUGGAGAGACCGACUCGCUCCAGAAGAAAUAUGAUACGUUCUCAAAAGCGCCGGAAAGCCGAUUGUUCCCCAAGGUUGAUCCUACUGUCGAUGGAGAAGAUUGUGACCAUGACUGCGCCUCAUGUGAAGUCCAUCUUCCUCGAAACUUCAAAGUAGAAGAGACGAGGAAGCUAUACGGCCACGUCAAGCCAUGGGCGACGCAUAUGCUUGUUGCUACCGGCAAAUCGGAUUGGGUGGGACAUGUUGAAGGGGAGAAAGAUAGCGUGAUGGAAGCCGUGAAAUACUCCAAGAUUGAGCCGAGUAACGGGAAGCUGAUGAUCUCGGCAUCCAACAUGCCUAUGCCUGAAGAUGCGUCAUCACAACCACCAGCCGACCGGCCAACGUCUGUGCUGCUCCUCCCAGCAUUCACCAUUGUGGAGAACGUCAGCCCAUCCUCCGUACCAGAUCUCAUCAGACUACACGUCUCGCCUUCCUCUACAACCACGACGCCACUCGGUCAGGCUCGAAUCGAUCUCGAAAACCAAUCCGACUCGAAUUGGCAAAGCACAGCCGAAACCCCUCCCAUCACACCACCAAUCUCAUCCGUGAUCACAACUCCAUUCACCACCCGCCCCUACCCUCACAAAUAUCUUAUCCUCCUCUGCUCCCACCGUACCCGCGACGCACGGUGCGGGCAAUCUGCCCCGCUCCUACGGCGAGAGUUCGAACGGCACCUACGGCCCCUCGGACUCUACCGAGACUUACACGAUGAGAGGCCUGGAGGUGUGGGGGUUUACUUCGUCAGUCAUAUUGGCGGACACAAAUUUUCUGCUAAUGUGAUGGUGUAUCGUCGUGCAGAGAGCGGAGACGGGGGUGGACUAGGGGAAGCGAGCCAGUGCAUUUGGCUUGCAAGAGUGAGGCCCGAGGAUUGUGAGGGGGUUGUGAGGUUUACUGUGCUGCAGGGCAAGGUGGUGAAGCCGGAGAGGCAGUUGCGAGGAGGUUUUGAUCGGGAGAAAGGGCUGUCUCUGAGCGAGUGA